UACUAUAUUAGUACUAUAACUUCCAUUUGUUCUCUCUUUUUUAGUGCCUCCCUCUCUCUUUCCCUUCUAUACUCUUGAAGGGUCAAUUAUUCUCAUAAUAGAGAACAAUCGUUGAAUAGACUUUUGCAACCAAAAAAAGAAAAAAAAAAUUCCUUUGAGGAGGGAAGGUCAUUAUCUAUUUGACCAACUAAACAAUAUCUUUGGGCCUAUCUCCCAAUUUAUGUGAAGGGAAUAGGUGUUAAAUCCCAUUUUGUUUCUUAAAGAUUGCUGCGUUUUGCCAAGAUGAUGAUGUUUGAAGAGAUGGGGUUUUGUGGUGAUCUCGAUUUCUUCUCCACUCCGCUAAAGGAGGUGGAAGCCGCUGCUCCACAGGGUGAUCCGGAGCCGUUGAUGGACGACGAUUAUAGUGAUGAAGAGAUUGAGGUUGAUGAGUUGGAGAGGAGGAUGUGGAGGGAUAAAAUGAAGCUUAAAAGGCUUAAAGAAAUGAGUAGUAAGGGCAAGGAAGGUGUUGACUCGGUCAAACAACGCCAGUCUCAGGAGCAAGCGAGGAGGAAGAAGAUGUCGAGGGCACAAGAUGGGAUCUUGAAGUACAUGUUGAAGAUGAUGGAAGUAUGUAAAGCUCAGGGUUUCGUUUAUGGAAUUAUCCCUGAGAAAGGAAAACCGGUGACCGGGGCUUCCGAUAAUCUGAGGGAGUGGUGGAAGGAUAAGGUGAGGUUCGAUCGCAACGGGCCUGCCGCCAUAGCGAAGUACCAAGCUGAUAACGCCAUCCCUGGCAAGAACGAGGGAUCUAAUCCGAUUGGUCCGACCCCUCACACCUUGCAGGAGCUUCAAGAUACCACUCUUGGUUCUUUAUUGUCAGCUUUAAUGCAACAUUGUGAUCCUCCUCAGAGGCGAUUCCCAUUGGAGAAAGGCGUUGCACCUCCAUGGUGGCCUAAUGGACUGGAGGAUUGGUGGCCUCAAUUGGGACUUCCGAAGGAUCAAGGUCCUCCACCUUAUAAGAAGCCUCAUGAUCUGAAGAAGGCCUGGAAGGUUGGUGUUCUCACAGCAGUGAUCAAGCAUAUGUCCCCUGAUAUUGCUAAGAUUCGCAAGCUGGUAAGGCAAUCAAAGUGCUUGCAGGACAAGAUGACGGCGAAGGAAAGUGCAACUUGGCUUGCCAUCAUCAAUCAGGAGGAAGUCUUGGCUCGAGAACUUUAUCCUGAUCGCUGUCCGCCUUUGUCCUCCGCUGGCGGUAGUGGAACUUUCACUAUGAAUGACAGCAGCGAGUAUGAUGUUGAAGGUGCCGUUGAUGACCCUAUUAACUUUGAUGUUCAAGAGCAAAAACCAAACCAUCUAGGUUUGCUGAAUGCUAAUGUCGAUAUGUUCAAGGAGAGGCUACCUCUGCAACAGCAAUCUCAUCCAAUCAAGGAUGAAAUUAUUGCCAACUUAGAUUUCACUCGGAAGAGAAAGCCGGCUGAUGACCUGACUUUUUUGAUGGAUCAGAAGAUAUAUGCUUGUGAGUGUCUUCAAUGUCCGCAUAGUGAGCUUCGCCACGGAUUUCCGGACAGAUCCACUAGAGACAAUCAUCAGUUAACUUGCCCUUACAGAAAUCCUUCGCAAUUUGGAGUUUCAAACUUUCACGUGGAUGAGGUCAAGCCGGUUUUCCCGCAACAAUAUGUCCAACCAAAGCCGCCUUCUCUGGCGGUUAACCCAGCUCCACCGCCUUUCGAUCUAUCAGGACUUGGGGUUCCUGAAGACGGGCACAGGAUGAUCAAUGACCUUAUGUCGUUCUAUGAUAGUAACGUACAAGGAAAUAAAAGCUCAAUGGUGGGGAAUGUUGAGCAGCCUCGUCAACAACCUAGUGUUCAACAGAACAAUUACCUACAAAGCCAAGGAAUUGUGUUGGAGGGAAAUGUCUUUGGGGACUCCAACAUUUCUGCUAAUCAUAAUUCCGUGUUCGCGCAAGGAGAUCGGUUUGAUCAGAGCAAGGCUUUAACUUCACCGUUCAAUGCAGGCUCUAAUGACAAUUUCCAUUUCAUGUUCGGGUCUUCAUUCAAUUUACAAUCCACCGAUUACUCUGAAGGUCUUUCUGGGAUCUCACAUGAUAGCUUGCCGAAGCAAGAUGUUCCGGUUUGGUACUAGCAAGGAGAUUGCCUCAAAUGUACAUCAAGUAGCCAAAGACUUUGUGCACAUGGAUAUCACUUGUUUUCAAGAGGGAAGAUCUACACACAUAAUUGAUCUGCCCUAAUCAGGUGGAUUUGAAUUGCCUACAGUUAUCUCAGUUUGGUUUUUCUUUUUACCGUGUAGUUGUAGAGGUUGGAGGGUUCUGCAUGGUGUAAUAAACAAGGAGUAAGAGACGUCCUCGGAUAUUCGCCAUGCUGGUUAGAAAGAACUUAUAGAACUUUUUAAAUAAGGUAGCUGUUGUUUUGUUUUCGUAUAAUUCUGUAUAGGUUAGCUUUAUCCGAUAAUCGAUGUGUUUAACGUUUCUUGAAUAACUGUACUUCAUCGGUGGUUCGGAGACUUGUCAACUCUUUUGUGCCUAUGGCUGGUUCUGGCUAUGCCAAGUAUAAACUAUUACGGUUCUCUGCAGGUGUAGGUCUUCUUGUUAAGUACUGUUGUCAUGGUUGUGUGAUAUGUUUUUAGCAAUAAGGCUGUGAUUUAGGA